AUGUCGACGCUCCUUGCUCAUCGCCGCCUCUCACACGACAUCCUGCAUGCCAACCUCCAGCUCCGACGAUGGAUGAGCGUCCGGCCCCCAUCUAAGGACCCAACGACUCCUAUACCGCGAAAGAAGGUCACGAUCCAAGCUCUGCACGCCCUUCGCCAGUCCAAAACACCGAUCACGAUGCUUACGGCGUACGAUUACCCAUCGGCACUGGGGUGCUCGUCCUCGCCGCUGAUCGACAUCACCCUCGUGGGCGAUUCGCUCGCGCAGGUCUGCCUGGGGUACGCCUCGACGACGCAGCUCACGCUCUCGGAGAUGAUCCACCAUACGCGGGCCGUUGCCCGGGGUACGACCCAUCCGUUCCUCGUCGCGGACAUGCCGUUCGGAUCGUACCACACCUCAGUCAGUGACGCCGUCACAAACGCCAUCCGGCUCGUGCAGGAGGGUCGAGUCGAGGGUGUCAAGCUCGAAGGAGGACGGGAGAUCGUGGAUGUCGUGCGCCGGCUGACGGAGAUCGGGAUUCCGGUCAUGGCACAUGUGGGACUGAUGCCGCAGAGAUACACCUCGAUGUCUGGGUAUAAGGUGCAGGGAAGAAGUGUGAGUGGGGCGAAGAAGGUUGUGAUGGAUGCUCUGGCCCUCCAGGAAGCAGGAGCAUUUGCCGUGCUUGUGGAAGCAGUGCCGUUGGAACUGGGUAAAUAUGUCACGGAUCGUCUAAUGAUUCCGACUAUUGGCAUCGGAGCAGGGCCUCAUACAAGUGGGCAAGUCCUCGUGUACGACGAUGUUAUGGGUACCUGGUCAGGGCAUAAGGCAAAAUUCGUUCGACGGUUUGCCAACAUGAAGGACGUGCGGGAUAAUGGUGUCCAGAGAUACUGUGAGGCGGUCAAGGAUGGUUCCUUCCCUAACCCAGAGACAGAAAGCUACACCAUGGACAAGAUUGAAUGGGCGAAGUUCAUGGAAAGCGAGCUGCUGGACGGCGUUAGUGUCUAA